GUAUCAACUAGGAGUCGGCCGUCAGUACGAUUUCACACGCGAUAACUGGAAAAUCACGAGGAAGUCCCUUCAGCCCACGUCAUGUACGCCCGCACGGUUUUCCUCUUGAACCUGAUGGUUGUGGUGUUGGCCGCGGACAGGGAGAUACCCAUCGUCAGUCAGAGCCAAGACAUCAGCCCAGACGGCAGUUUCUCGACGAAAUGGGAAAGCGGAAACGGCAUCAGCUUCCAGGAGGAGGGAUUUUUGAAGAACGCGGGCCAGAAGGACGCAGAGGCUGAAGAGGUGCGUGGCUCUGCCUCGUGGACCGCACCAGACGGGACCAAAUUGAACCUUGGUUGGGUGGCCAACGAAAAUGGCGCCACUUUCCAGGGCGCUCAUCUGCCGACGCCACCGCCCCCGCAACCGGUGCCAGUUCUCAUCCAGCGAGCCCUCGACUGGAUAGCAGCUCAUCCCUACAAGGAGGAGAAGAAUAGAUUGUAAUUUUCCACGGCAUCCCGUUUCGUCAAAACAACGUUUCGCGAACGAACCUGGGCGGAAUUCGUUGCCUUCCUCGAUCGGUGUGGAUCAUUCUUCAGGAUUCUCUUCAUGUUCCAAGAGCGUUUCGGAGCCGUUCAUCCGCGUGGAUGGCUUUCCAGUGUGUUUCCACGCUGUAACGCGGAUACUGUAUCGUCUACGUCUGAAAAAUAAAGUGAGAAGUAAAUAUUCGGAGACAGUGGCGUCGUUGUAACCUGUUGACGAUAUUUGGUUUAUUUUCUUCCGUCUGUUAGAUAACGAGACACGUGUGAAUGUCGCUGAACGUUUUUGUCGAUAGGUAACCAGGGAGAAAACUGAAACGUGGAUAUGUAUGAAGAGUAAUAAAUCGAUACACACUGA